AUGGCUUCUAAUCUUAAUAUAGACCCUGUGUGUCCAAAACCUUCUGCUCUACUUGAGGGCAUUCAGGGCAAACAUGGCAGCAUGAAGACAGUGGUUAGCCAUGCUCCAAGCACAAGGUCUAGUAAUUUACAGAGCUUUAGCCCACAGUCCAGAUAUGCCCAUGGUCUCGCUCACAAGACUGGGAGAUUUAACAGUACAACCCAGGUUCUUCCAGCGGUCUCCCUUUCAGGAGACAAAUACCACAACGUCCUGAACUCCUUGGGCUUCCUUAACCUCGGUAUCAGUGAGAACAGACUGUGUGUUAAUCUGUUGUGUCAGAAUGACAUGAACUACAUCGAGGCACCCUUGCUGCAGUACCCGGACUGGAGAGGACAUCCGUUCCUGAGAGCAGAAGUGGCAAAGUUCCUGUCCUACUACUGCAGAGCACAUAGCCUCCUCGAUCUGAGAAGUGUGGUUUUUCUGAAGAGCUGCUCUACCGUCCUCUCUGUACUGGCUGUGGUUCUGUGUGACCCAGGGGAUGCCAUUCUGGUCUCCACUCCCUUCCACAGUGGCUUCCUCUUUAGAGCCCAGAUGUUUGCACAAGUUGAGCUGAUUUCCGUCCACGUGGACAGUGAGAUCACUAAUAAACACACCCAGCCUAGCCAGCCCACUGUGGGCAAACUAGAGCAAGUCCUGCUUGAAGCUAAGAAAAAGAGUAAAAAGGUCAAAGGCCUCUUGCUGGCAAACCCUCAGAAUCCUGUGGGUGACGUUAACAUGAAGGAAUCAUUGAAAGAAUACCUGAAAUUUGCCAAAAGAAAUGAACUACAUGUGAUCAUUGAUGAAAUGUACAUGCUGUCCAGGUUCGACGAAACCAUUGUAUUUCACAGUGUUCUGAGCUUAGAAAGUUUGUGUAAUGCCAACAGAACCCAUGUGAUCGGGGCAGUAAGUGAUUUUGGCAUCACUGGCUUCCACUUUGGCGUUCUAUGUACCCACAGCGAUGAUGUGGUCUCUGCCAUGAGCACCUUUGGCUACCUCCACAGUGUCUCUGGCAUCACCCAGUACAAACCAUCCCUGCUUGGGGACAGAGACUGUAUCAACAGAGUGUACCUGCCCACCAGCUACUCUCGGCUCCAUGACGCGUAUGAGUAUGUCACCGAGAGGCUGCUCGAGUUGGAGGAGUUUCAGUUCAAGAUCCGCUUUCCCAGUCGCAGCUGUGGCCUUUAUAUCUGGAUAACCUUGAAGAAGCUACUGGAACCAUGUACAUUUGCACAAGAACUGGUCCUCCACCGCCGCUUCCUGGACCACAGGCUGAUAUUAGCCCAUGGCAAAUCUUGCAUGUUCGAGGAACCUGACUGGUUUCACCUCAUUUUUGCAGAAAAUCCCCACCGACUAAGAGAAGCCAUGGAUCGGUUUGCUCGGGUGAUAGAGGAGCAGAAGCAACACUGGAGAGCGCAGAUGCUGAUGUGCAGUGGUCAUAGCUGUCAGCCUCGUCACGUGCUUGGUGUCCCUGAAAGCAGCCUCUGGCCCAUAAGGCUGGGGACUGAGCUGGUGCUGUGGCCACACAAGUGGACUUCUCUAGGGCCAGUAGUGCCUGACUCAGUUAGCAACCUCUUUAAGCUGAGCAUCUGUCAUAUUUGGAAGAUUUGUGUCUUUUUAAUCUUUGCUAGCCAUUGUGUAUAUGAAAUAAUCCUCUUACUGAAGCUGUUGUGGGCAGUAUAG